AUGGAGUGUGGAAAGAGCUUCUCUCAAAAUACAUCCCUUAUGUAUCAUAACAGGAUCCACACAGGGGAGAAACCAUAUAAGUGCCUGGAGUGUGGAAAGAGCUUCUCUCAAAAUACAUCGCUUAUGAGACAUAAAAGGACCCACACAGGGGAAAAGCCAUAUAAGUGCCUGGAGUGUGGAAAGAGCUUUACUACUAGGAGUGAACUUACUUCCCAUAAAAGGAUCCAUACAGGGGAGAAACCACAUGAAUGUAUGGAGUGUGGAAAGAGCUUUACUACUAGGAGUGAACUUACUUCCCAUAAAAGGAUCCAUACAGGGGAGAAACCACAUGAAUGUAUGGAGUGUGGAAAGAGCUUUACUACUAGGAGUGAACUUACUUCCCAUAAAAGGAUCCAUACAGGGGAGAAACCACAUGAAUGUAUGGAGUGUGGAAAGAGCUUUAGAAUGAGGAAUCACCUUAUUGCCCAUAAAAGGAUUCACACAGGGGAGAAGCCAUAUAAUUGCAUGGAGUGUGGAAAGAGCUUUUCUCAAAGUACAUCCCUUAUGAGUCAUAAAAGGACCCACACAGGGGAGAAGCCAUAUAAGUGCCUGGAGUGUGGAAAGAGCUUUCGUACUAGGAGUGAACUUACUUCCCAUAACAGGAUCCACACAGGGGAGAAACCCUUUAAAUGCACAGAGUGUGGAAAGAGCUUUACUUCUAGGAGUGAACUUAGUUCCCAUAAAAGGAUCCACACAAGGGAGAAACCAUAUAAAUGCAUGGAGUGUGGAAAGGCUUUUAGUGAAAACAGUCAUCUUACUUCCCAUCAUAAAAGGAUCCACACAGGGGAGAAGUCAUAUAAGUGCAUGGAGUGUGGAAAGAGCUUUACUACUAGGAGUGAACUUAUUUCUCAUAAAAGGACCCAUACAGGGGAGAAGCCAUAUAAGUGCAUGGAGUGUGGAAAGAGCUUCUCUCAAAAUACAUCCCUUAUAUGUCAUAACAGGAUCCACACAGGGGAGAAGCCAUAUAAGUGCCUGGAGUGUGGAAAGAGCUUCAGGACAAGCAAUCAACUUACUUCCCAUAAAAGGAUCCACACAGGGGAGAAACCAUAUAAGUGCCUGGAGUGUGGAAAGAGCUUCAGGACAAGCAAUCAACUUACUUCCCAUAAAAGGAUCCACACAGGGGAGAAACCAUAUAAGUGCCUGGAGUGUGGAAAGAGCUUCAGGACAAGCAAUCAACUUACUUCCCAUAAAAGGAUCCACACAGGGGAGAAACCAUAUAAGUGCCUAGAGUGUGGAAAGAGCUUUACUUCUAGGAGUGAACUUACUUCCCAUAAAAGGAUCCAUACAGGGGAGAAACCACAUGAAUGCUUGGAGUGUGGAAAGAGCUUCAGAAGCAGCAGUCACCUUAUUGCCCAUAAAAGGACCCACACAGGGGAGAAGCCAUAUAAGUGCAUGGAGUGUGGAAAGAGCUUCAGAAGAAGCAGUCAACUUACUUCCCAUAAAGGGAUCCACACGGGGGAGAAGCCAUAUAAAUGCUUGGAGUGUGGAAAGAGCUUCAGAAGAAGCAGUCAACUUACUUCCCAUAAAAGGAUCCACACAGGGGAAAAGCCAUAUAAAUGCAUGGAGUGCGGAAAGAGCUUUGCUCAGAAGGAAAAUCUGAAUUCCCAUAACAGGAUCCACACAGGGGAGAAAAUGUAUAAAUGCAUGGAGUGAGGAAAGAGCUUCAGAAUAAGGAAUCACCUUGUUCCCCAUAAAAGGAUUCACACAGGGGAGAAGCCAUAUAAGUGCAUGGAGUGUGGAAAGAGCUUUUCUUGAAAUACAUCCCUUAUGAGUCAUAAAAGGAUCCAGAUGGGGGAGAAACCUUAGGAAUGCAUGGAGUGUGGAAAAAGCUUCACCAGAAAUAGUUCUCUUUUUCCCAUAAAAGGAUCUACAUGGGAGAAACCAUAUAAAUGUGUCGAGCAUGGGAAAAGCUUCAGGAGGAGGAAUGACCUAAUUUCACAUAUGCAGAUCUGUUUGGUGAGAAUCCAUGUAAAUUCUAGAUUUAGUUGUUUAAAUCUAUACAUUUUCUAUUUGUGUACACUGAACUGGGAAAAGAUUUCUUUGAGUUUGACCCUCACAGCCAGCAGCCCAAGAGAAAUUAAUUUACCAUUGGAAAUAAAAGGGUCGUUUUAAUUAUGAACUGUAUUUUUGAACGUACUGUUAUUUUAGGUGGCCAAUGCUAUUGCACACCAAUAAGAGAAAUUUAUUGUUUAUUAAGUUUACGUUUAUCCCAGUGCCAGAAGGCAUGGUUUGUCUCCUAUCCAGGAAUAAACACGCAGGGAGAGAGAGAAGAGUUGAUUUUUUGA